AAAACAAAUGUGUUCAGGAGCGCGGCAGCACGUGUACUAUGGUUGUACGUACGAAAGUUAUGCUGAGCAUUGUUUGCUUCUGAAAGUUUCUGAUGGAUCAGAAUUCAGAACCUCACGAAACAACUGAUGACUGCAAUAAUGGCAGAGGAAAGAAAUAUGCAGAAGCUGCGUUUCUGUUUGGGGUCGCUGGAGCUGCGGCAAUCUUCGGCUUCGGUAUGACGUUGGCGCAGGCAAAGAAACGCGACCCUGAAACUUUUGCCGAGGGCUUGACUGCUUCGCAGAAGCUCCACGAGAGCGGGUCUAAGCUUGCGUUACGAGCCCUUGGAAGAGGAACGCUCUAUUCCGUGACAGGGUUCUCUCUAUUCUGCUUCCUGGCGUGGAAGGCGAUAGGAGUUUCAAAUCUGCAAGAAUUCAAACUGAAGGUAGGCUCAGUACUCCCGCGGAUACCAAAAAAUGAGCCACAAGGACGGACAGAAUUUUCUUCAUUACGAGACUUUUUAAACUACAUCAUUGAAGAAAGUGAUAAAAAGAAACGAACAUAAGCCCACAAUUAUAUUGCUUGUAUUGCGAGAGUCCUGCAGUGGCCUCUUCCGAUUCAACCCACCCCGUCCAAUUGCUAUAUAAAAGAGAACACGUGUAUCAGAUAUUUCCCUUUGCAUCAAAUAGUCUGGCCUAUUCAUUAGCACAUCCUAGAACUAGCCGUGUAAUGAUCUAUGCUGUCGAUCUCUACUUUAUAAGCCUGCAGGGCAGACAUGCAGUACAAAUGCUUACAUUCAGGUACAAGAAAAUUUUGAAUAAUGUAUUUUACUUGGAAUCGGAUUGCAGCCAUGCACAAUAGUUGAAGUCUGUGCUGUUUACAGAUCGGAACACAAAUUUAACUGCAACACCCAACAUGCAGUGGGAACAGUUGUGGAACGCUCAUGGUAUAGUGCAUAGUGGCUCCCAACACACUAUUAGAGAGCCAAAUGACGAUUGAAGUUAGCCUUAAAGGAAAUGAGUUGGUUAGGCCGGGUAACUGCCACGAGGAUCCCCGAGAUUUGAAUGUAAUGAUCACUAGCUACUAGAGAUCAGCUAUAACUUUUACGAUUGGGUAAUGAUGCAGGAACUGUCUUUCGAGCUGUAAGCUAUUGCACAGGCUGCAAAUACAAGGUACACAUGAGCCUUAAGGAGAGGACAAGUGUUCCCACACUUUUCACAGAUAACCUAUAAUAAUAAGCACACUUCUAUAGUGUGAACAAAGCCAGAAUAAUGCUACCAAAGUCCUUUGUCAAUACAGCUUCAUUGUCGUUUUACACGACCAUCAGAGCACUCUCAAAGGACCAAUUGAAUGUGCCACAAGUUCUAAAGCGUGCGCAAGAUUGUGGUCAAUAAUAUCUAUGUUUCAUUGAUGCACUGCUAUGUAUUGUAUUGGAAUUAAUGCAGCUGCAACACAAUGAAUUUGAAGCCUCACACUGUUUGCCUUUGUAAAAUAUUUAUUUCAUACACAGCUUUCAACAUUGCAACAGCAUACACUUCAGGCAGCCUGUAUAGAAGAUGUCUCAUUGGUUCCAAUCAAGCUCUUGAAUGCAAUUGGUAUGCGUUGCUACGGCAAUUGCAAAGGCAUCUAGCUGGCAAAUAUAUCAGAUCUACGCUCCCGACACCUGCAUAGUGUGAUUACAACACAGCAUCUCUUUCGAGAGUGUGAUGGCUGCCCGCAAUGAGGCCACUGUCACAGAAUAUUCGUGUUGUGCAUGCAACAAGCAUUUCAUUUAGCAUCAAUUAUAUGUGAUAAUAAUUUGGCAAGGUACACAAUAGUUGGUGACCAGUAGCAACCUCCUGUUAACUAUGCUUUAAAAAAAAAAAAAAAAAGCAAAAUAUAGCUGGUUCAAACACAAAGCAAGGAAUGAAGUCCUCUGCACUCAUUGCACUAUAUAUUUUCUCAUUUUAUCAUUGCACUAUACGAUUUUUUCGCUAAGUUA